AUGGCGGGUAGCCGCAGCGGCAGCAGCUGCCAGGCAAUAGAAAAUCAGCUAAAGAUAUGUGGCUUUAAGAGGGAUGUGGAUGUCUCAGUGUUGUACCUUGCUGGACAGGGACUAAAAGAAGUCCCUAAUCUGUCACGAUUUCAGACCUUAAGGUAUUUGUGGCUUAACAACAAUAAGAUCCAGAAGCUAACAUUCUUGAUCAAUAAUUAUCGCUUGACAGAACUCUACCUCAACAAUAAUGAGCUCACAGAUAUAGCAGGGGCUCUGAAACAUUUGCAUGCAUUGCAGAUCUUGUUGCUUCACAACAACCAGCUGAAAAACCUUGACACAACAGUGAAGGAACUAAAGGGAAUGAUAAGUCUGCAAACCCUAAAUCUAUUUCACAACCCUCUGUCACAAGAUCCAGGGUACCGUCUUUAUGUGACAUACUUCCUUCCCUCAGUACAGCUCCUCGACAGGAAGAAAGUUACUCAAAAAGAAAGGGAAUCAGCUUUACAUAUUUACAACCAUGAAAGGUCCCGUGUUCUCCAGUCUAUAGGUUUUGGAAAGAGAAUAGAUAUGCCAUUGGUGACUAAGACAGUAUCUACCAGAAGCACUCCAUGUGCCAAAAGUUUGCUGCUGUCUCCAGGUUAUGAAGUUGCAAAUCACAUAAAUAAAGUUCCAUUUGAGAACCCUGAAGAUGCUGUUUUUGUGAGGGCAAUGAAGAGAUCUAUAAUGGAAUUUUCCUCUGUGGACUGGAAUAAAAUACCCACCUGUCUAGGAAUAUGCCUUGAAAACAAACCAGAAGAACCCCAUGAGAAACUGACAGUCAAAUUCAGAUAACUCUUUGGUUCCUUAAUAAAAUAUGUACCUUCAUGUUGGAUAUUAAACUUUUAUUGUAAGUUAAUAUCCAUAAGACAUGUAUGCUAUAACUUAUGCUUGAUUAAAAGAACUUUCAGCAGGAAAAAUUUAAAUUCAUUUCCUUUAAUCCCAAAUGUGGGGAUUCAAGGAUUAAAGUUAGAAAAUGCUAUA